CUUGAAGGCAGCUUUAGGAGCAUCUUCCUUCCGCUGCUUCUUGCUGCCUCUUUUCUGAACAGCCGUAGCUUAGAAAAUAACAGCUCGAGGCACCUUUGCUCUUGAUCUACCUAGGCCCGGGGCUGGGGGAGGUCCUAUGCUGCUGCCUGGCAACUCCACGUUCCCAAAGACUUUUGGGGGGGAUGGGAAUAGGACCUCCAGGGCCGGCCUGAAGUGCCUGGUGGUGCAUCCUCUCUGCGCCUCGCUUCAGCCACUCUGCGCCGGCCCGCUGCAUCAGGGCCGGCUCGGGGCGCAGCAGGGGCCCUGGCGGGGUGGGUGGCUUUCGGCAGGGGGUGAGUGGUUUGCAUUGGCUGCUGUGCCCCGUGCGCUCUGGACGCGUUCGCAGGGAAGGCGGCUGGGGGCGGAAGGGAGUCCCCGGGAGCCGGGCUGCCAGGUUUAAAAUCCCAGGCCUCUGCGCCCCUCCCGCCUCCACGUCCCUUCAUGCAGCAGCGCCUCCCAUUAGCAGAACUGCCAGCUCGCCUGCCGCCAUGGCUUCAAGGUCAGCCCCCCUGCAGCCGGAGAGCAGAUCAGAGGGGCUGCGGCCAUCUGAGCGUCGCCCGAAGAAGAAAGCCAGCAGCGGUGUGCGUCUCUCAGCACCCAGCCCCCGUGCCCUGGUACUUGCCAACCUGCUGCUGCUCCUGUCUCGUUGCCCAGGUUCUCAAGCGACAAGUUUAAACAAAAAUAGCCUGAAUCCCAACUGUUCUUUAUGGGAUAUGGAUUAUGAAGGACUAUUUCACAGUAAGAAAAUUCUCCCUGGGACUCCUGGUUCAUAUAAACUCUCCAGCCUUCUUAGAAGUAAUGCUCUUGUAAGUCAUGAGGAAAGAAGAAGGUUGGUAACAAAUCGGAACCUGACCCAGAAAUCAAAAGAAGAGCAGGUAUCCUGUGACAUGCUCCUUAAGCUUUACAGAUAUGUUUUUAUGGAUGCCUUUGGACGUAAACAUGCUUGGAGAAUCUUUCGAUUUCAUAACUGUGAUAAGGAAGUCAACCCACCCAAAAUUCAGAUCAACCCUCUCAAGCUGCUGCAAUCCAAACGGAAGCCACUGUUGCUAUACUGUGUGCUUAAGCUCCUCAGCGACAUGGGAGUACUGGCUGAAGCCCAGCAAUCCAAAGCCUUCUCGCUGCUAAAGAAGCAAAUGCUUAAAAGAAGGAGACUGUUGUUUAAGUCGGAAGUGAAACAAAGCGGUAGGUAUAUAAGGAGAAUGCACGUUUCCUGUGUUCUUGACAUUUUCUGCUUGCAUCUAUGUUUACCAGCCUCAUGUGACCAAUGAUGUUUAAUUGUUUCACCGAUGAGCUUAAGGAUACAUGUUAGAAUGGUGGCUUCUAAGUGCUGGUGCUUUCAACUUUUGCCAUUGAUUAGUACUUGGUUGCCCAUCUUCCUCCCCUCUUUCCAUUUACUCCCGCACCAUAAGGCCCGAUCCUGCAAUGCUUACUCGCCGGCUUCAGUGGGGUUAAUGGCAGGGAUUAUAGGAUCAGCCCCUCAAUGAAAGGCUUGACGUUCUGCCUCUGUUCUGGCACUGCUGCCCGCUUCUCAUUCCCUUGUCUGACCUAUAACCCACAGUGGAGCAUGGGCUGCUGUAAACCAGCCUCCUGCAAUCUGGCCUGCUGUGCUGAUAGUUUGCUACAAGCAGACAGGAUCAUGCAGAAUCCAGUAGGAGAGGGUUAUAGGAGUCUCACUGCGGCCCUGCAAAGCCUUGACCCAGUGUUCAUCACUAAAUGCCCAAACCUGCAAAGUGCAUUGCGAAGCAUCUCCUGCGAAAUGCUGAUCACCUGAAUUUCCAUAUUGACUUUAGAGGGAGAUGAAGGUGUUCAAAAUCUAGUAGGAAGAGAUCCUAUUAAGGUAGGUAGGAGAAAGGAGAAUUUGCUGGCUGCAGAGUAAGGGAUGCUAGAAAGAUUCUGGAUGCAGAAUGUAGAGGUCAAUGGCUGACAGGUUAACUGGUACAGUUGCCUGGAAAGGUUGAGUACCAUUCUGUUAGAAGACCACCUCUGAAAGUCAAGAACCAUUAAAGGGAAUGUUUUGGCUGUGCAGUGUCCAGCACAAUACCUCCCCAAUUCUGUUGCGGGUCUCAGAGUGCUACUUUAAUACAAAUAAUUAACAAUAAUUUGUUGUAUAUUAUACAAAGCAUUUCUGGAGGAGGUUGUACUAAAGGUUUUAAGCCAUUAGAACAAAUUUGAAAUACUUUGAUGUAUUCUGAUUUUCUCAAGACUGAACUGAAUGUAUUUGCCUACAGAGAGAUGCAAGUAAUAUAACUUUUGUUGAGAAAACAAAUAUCAACACAGAAUACUCAGUAGCAUUUGCAGUUGGGAAGAGGCAAGUUUUAUAUUUAGUUAUUGAAAAUAUGUUGUGUUUUAAUGGUGGCGAUAAGUUGGAGCCUCAUGUUAUCCAUUUUCAGGAUAAAGUGUCACAUUAUAUAUGAAUUCAUAUGAAACGGAUUCCUGCUUUGAUCCAUUCCAGCCUAAACCGGCAGUCAUAGCAAGUAUAGUCGUUUAAGUGAUCCUUGCAAGCAGUUAAUUCAGUACAAAUCCUGGAAUAAGACUUACUCAGUAUUGUUCAUGAAAAGGACCCUUGAGAGAUGAUCUGAAAGAUAUUAGGACCUGAGUAUGCUAAUCAUGUGCAAGGGUGACCCCUGUUGGUAGAAUUUAAAACCAGAUGUGGACAAAUCUCAAUUACCAUCCCUAUCUGGUAAACCAGUCUAUUGGCUUUUCUGUAGCUUCUAAUUUUAUAUCUAUGUAAUUAAGAAAUAUUAAAAAAGAAUCUCAAAACAACAUAGAGAUCAAAACACUAAUUCUCUCUCUCUCCUCUCCCUCUCUCUCUGUAUGUAUGUGUGUCUAUGUAUAUAUGUAAUGUGUAUGCAUAGAUACAUACACAUAUAUCGCCCAAACUAUUUACAUAAUUUAUGCUAAUAUGUAUCUGUAGUGUAUGCAUUUGAAAACAGUCCUGAGCAUCCAGUUUUUAUUUGAAGUAGACAGACUGGAUUGUGUUGUAGAAACAGGGACUGCUUUACGUAGGGUACUUUUGUUCAAACUAUGCCAUGGGAACUACUUAGUGAAAACUGACCCUGCUUUUCCUUCCACCCUCUGCACAGUAUUAAGGAAACAGGAUAUCAUUCACAGAGGGAGUUUACCAGGGAGGAAAGCACUUACACAGGAAGUACCAUCCCUUUAUUCCUGUGUGAAUUUUGUGUCUACUGCCAGAAGAAAGUCAGGGUCAUUGUGGGAACAAACUAUUAGUCAAAUUGUCUAUGUCAUAAAUCAGCUAUUUUUUGUCAUUCCCUUUAAAUGAGACCUCACUAGAUCCCAGUCAAUCCAAAUAAAAUUUUCAUGCAAAAUAUUACAUUUAUUGCAACAUGUUGGGGCUUGAAAUAUUAAAGUUUCCUAAUAUCAGGGAGUCCAUUAGGAAAGAGUGGCAUGACCCAUUUUGUUUUUGAUUAGCCUAAAAAAAAAAAAAAAGUGUAACAGUAACAGCAAAAUGAGGUCCUUUCGCUAGGAAAGGCUGAUGAGACAGAUGUGAGGAUGUUCACAUGGUUGGAAAUGUUCUUGUGUUGAGAAAGCAUCUUGAGUAGUUGAAGAGUAUUGUGUAAACUUUAAUUGGAGUUUAUUUGAAAAAGAAAAAUAAUCCUGAAAAUGAGGUUUGUCAAGGGUGAAAUCAGCCCCAUUUCACCUCUUCAGUGUCAGCUCUCGCAUAGUAAUAGGCCUCAGCUCAUUUUCCUAAAUAUGCCUGAAGUGGAUUCUUAGAAAAGCAUAGAGAUGUUUCUAGUCUAAUUUGUUCCACAGUUUUGCCCAUAUGCCAGUUAGGACCUUUUCAAUGCUGGGAGAAAAUUACCUCUAAAUUGCUCACCUCAAGGCAACCUUUUCCUCAGGAAAAGGAUCAAAUCACGAUAGCUGUGCUUCUACUAACACCACAGAGAGAGAGAGAGAGAGGGAGGGCUUUUGGAAAUUACUUAAAUAAUAUAAGAAUCUGGAGAUCUCCGCAAGCAUACGGAUAAAGAUUUAAAGGCUGAGCUUGCAGUUCUUCCUCUGGCAAAAGUGCCACUGAAAUCCUGUUGCAUAGGACCCUAAGGCAAGUACAGGCUGGGGGGGGGGGUCUCAUUUAGUGAUAACCCAAGCCUUGAAUACAUUUAGUUCCAGUAUUGAUGUAUUAGCAUAAUACAUACAGCUUGAAUAUAAUUUCUCAACCUGUUAUUUUUAUUUUUGUCCAGUCUAUUAACCUUUAUUUUCCUCUAGAAUGAACAUUUUAGUUGAAGGUGAAUAAGACAGUCGGGGAUGCAACGGACAUUUGGAUAAAUGCCUAUGGAAAAUAAGUUCUAGUUCUCUUAUACCUGAAAUUCUGCACAUUUACAACAGGUGAACUCAGACUCCAGAGAUCUACAAACAAUUUAAUUGGCCCUGACCCCUCCCUCAGAAGAAAUCUUGCCCCAGAAUAAAAUUGAGGCAACAGAUUGAAACAGUGUGACCAGAUGAUGGCACAUGAAUGUAUCUCCCUUCCCUUGCUGUUUGUGAUCAGCAGCACUUAUGGCUUUGCACAGUGGGCUCCCCUUUAGCCUAGGCUCUGUGUGGUAUCUGUGGCUGGUAUAUUUGCCUCCUCACUUCCAGCUGUCCCUCUCCUCUGGAGUGAGAGUUUUUAAAUGGGUAGUGUGGGAUUUGAUGAGGGAAUGAAUCAGCUCAGUGGCCACAAAUCUGUGCUUUAAUAUAUUUAUCCGUCACCUGGCAGAAUCUCUGGUCUUUCAUGCUGCAUUUAACAGCAUAAGAAAUACUGAUAACUUUGAUUCAGAAAAAAAUUGGAAUCUGAAAUGGACUUUUUACUCCAGUCUAAAGACUACUGCAAUCAAUGGGAGCUGGAGCAGACCAUUUAAGAGCAAGGGACCUGAUCCAAAGCCCAUUGGAUCAGGCCCAAGGCUUGUUGGAAUACCCCCUGAAGGUACUUUUAUAGCAUUACAGUGACUGUUGUGGGACAGAUGACCUCUCCAUGGGUGUCUCAGCCUCAGAGCAGUGGUAUCCUACCUCCUGUGAUUUUCAUGCAUUCUUGUUCUCAGUCCUCCCCAUCAGAGUUCUUUAAACAAAUACUUGUUCCCAGCUGCCCUCCGGCUACACAUCCCAGAGAAAAGGGGGAGGCUGAUUUAAUUAGACUGAUUUUGCAAGAUUGACAAAUGAAGAGCUUUCUGUAAGCUCCAAAACUUUUCUCUCACCAACAGAAAUUGGUCCAAUAAAAGAUAUAACCUCACCACCUUGUCUCUCUAAAUUAUCCUUAGGCAUCCAAAUCUGGUCCUAGGCAUUUCCAGCUACUUUGCCCACAACCUUUGCUUAGGGUAGAAAGGGGAACACACCUCACUCCUUAAGCAUGUAGUCUGGGGCACUGGGAUUUCCCAGCCUUUGUGCCUGGCAGCAGCUUUCCCUUUACUGCUCACCUCCUCUACCAAUUUCCCUGCAGAAAGUUUAGCUCCCUGCCGAGGAUCUGGGGCCCCAGAUAGCUCAUGCCCCCAGUAAGGGGAAGACUGUACUUUGCAAAGGACAGAGGCAGUCCAAGUCCCCCGUUCCCUCUGUUGAUCUCCAGACCUGUGUGAACCUCACAGAAGGUAGCAGAGGCUGCAGCUGCAACCCGUAGGGGACAGUCUGAUGUUAACAGGGACUGUGCACCCCUCUCCCACUCCCCGGGAUUUCAGGGAUUUCCUUCCAGCCGCCUGACAGGUCCAGCCACGUGCGCGGCGAAUGCCCGGCGCGCGCCCCCUCGAGGCCCCGGCGGGCCAGGCGGGGAUGGAUGCUCGCCGGCGGGAGCUCGGCUCGGCUCCUUGCAUCUGGGCGCCAGCAGCUGGGGAGCCGCACGGCGGGUCCAGGAGGAGACGGCGUCACCGGGGUGGGCGGAGCCAGCGGCUCCGCGGCUGUAAACAGUGGGGGCAGCGCCGGAGGCCGGGAGAUGGGCUAUAAAUAGGGAGGCUGGGGAGUGGAGAAGCAGCGCGGCGCUCAGGAGCAGCUUUCACCUUAGCGCCCGCGGGCUCUCCCUGGUCCGGUGCCGAGCCCCGCGUCUCCGAGGGGGACUGCCCGCGCCUUAGAGCGGCGAAGGGAGCCCUGCCUAGCCGCUGUGGCUAUAGCAGCCGGGGAUAGGUCUCCACAGAACUAAGAAUAUCGAAAGCAGCCUCCCUUCCCAGGAUGGACCUGGUCAUCAGUUUUUUUUCUCUUCUAUUUGUGAUCUCUUUUGUACGCACAGAAGCAGCCUCAGCAUGUCCUGAUCAGGAUCCUGAGCUGGAACCCUGGAAUGCUGGUCACGAUGAAGAUCAACACAUUGAAAUCUGCAAAGGGAGGAAGCUCCUUCUCUCUUCCUCUGCAACCGUCCACUCUAUCCACAUUACAGAUGGAGGAAAGCUGGUAAUUAAGGACAAUACACAGCCUAUAGUUUUGCGAACUCGACAUAUAUUGAUUGAAAAUGGAGGAGAACUACAUAUUGGCAGUGAGCUAUGUCCAUACCAAAGUAACGUGGUGGUCAUCUUAUACGGGCGAGCGGAUGAAGACAUCCAGCCAGAUGCUGAGUUUGGCCAAAAAUAUAUUGGGGUCAGUCGAGGUGGAACCCUUGAGAUCCAUGGUGAGAAAAAGUUGUCCUGGACUUUUUUAAACAAGACUCUUCACCCUGGUGGAAUGGAAGAAGGUGGCUACUACUUUGAGAGAAGCUGGGGGCAUCGAGGUGUCAUUGUCCAUGUUAUUGACCCAAAGACAGGGGCAGUCAUCCAUUCAGAUCGGUUCGAUACCUACAAACUGAAAGGGGAAAGUGCCCGUCUUGCCCAGUAUUUGAGAGCAAUUGACAAUGGCAUGAUCCUGUCAGUAGCGGUGAAUGAUGAAGGGUCUAGAAACUUGGAUGACUCGGCCAGAAAAGCAAUGACCAAACUGGGCAGCAAGCAUUUCCUCCAUCUUGGGUUUAGGCAUCCUUGGAGCUUUAUUACAGUAAAAGGAAACCCUUCCUCUUCUGUUGAAGACCACAUGGAAUAUCUAGGACACAAAGGAUCAGCUGUGGCCAAAGUAUUCAAACUAUUCCAGGCUGAGAAUGGAGAGCAUUUUAAUGUGUCUUCAACCAGUGAGUGGGUUCAAGAUAUAGAAUGGACAGAGUGGUUUGAGAAGCCCAAAAAGGCAAGAUCCAAAGACACGGAGAAACUUUCUGACCUCAGAGCAGCAAACCCAGGCAAAAUCUGUAGUCAUCCCCUUGCUAUCCAGGCAGCUACACUUUCUGGAGCCAAUUUAACAACUGAGGUUUUCUACAAAAGCGGACACGAUUAUAGGUUUAUGUGCCAUGGUAAGGAUCAGACAGAUGAAGGCUGCCAAAAUUACCGAGUGCGGUUCCUGUGUGGCAAACCUGUGAGACCAAAGCUUACUGUAACCAUUGAUACCAAUGUGAACAGCACAAUCUUGAAGCUGGCAGAUGAUGCACGAUCAUGGAAGGCUGGAGAUAGACUUGUUGUUGCCAGUACGGAUUAUUCUAUGUACCAGGUGGAAGAAUUCCAAGUCUUGCCAUGCAGAGCCUGUGGGCCUAAUGAGGUCAAAGUAUCAGGGAGAGCAGCCUACCUUCACACAGGAGAAGUGAUCGACGGAGUGGACAUGAGGGCAGAAGUAGGGCUGCUAAGCCAAAACAUAGUGGUGAUGGGAGAGAUGGAGAGGCAAUGCUAUGACUAUAGCAAUGGUUUAUGCACCUUCUUUGAUUUUGACACCUUUGGCGGACACAUCAAGAUUGGUCUUGGUUUUAAAGCUGCCCAUAUUGAAGGUUUAGAAUUGAAACACAUGGGCCAGCAGAGAAUGGGACACUAUCCAAUUCACUUCCACUUGGCUGGGGAUGUGGAUGAGAAGGGAGGCUACCACCCUCCAUCCUAUGUGAAGGGCGUCUCCAUUCACCACACCUUCUCGCGCUGUGUCACAGUCCACGGCUCCAAUGGCUUGCUGAUUAAGGAUGUUGUGGGCUACAACACCCUGGGACACUGCUUCUUUACUGAGGAUGGGCCAGAGGAACGCAACACAUUUGAUCACUGCCUUGGACUGCUCGUUAAACCUAGCACUCUCCUGCCAUCUGACCGAGACAGUAAAAUGUGCAAGAUGAUUACAGAAGGGGCAUACCCAGGGUACAUCCCCAAACCCAGGCAGGAUUGCAAUGCUGUGUCCACCUUCUGGAUGGCCAAUCCACAUAACAACCUUAUAAACUGUGCAGCUGCAGGAUCCGAAGAAACAGGGUUUUGGUUUGUUUUUCACCAUGUGCCUACAGGCCCCUCAGAAGGAAUGUAUUCUCCAGGCUACACUGAGCACAUUCCAAUGGGAAAAUUCUACAACAAUCGGGCACAUUCCAACUACCGAGCUGGCAUGAUCAUUGAUAAUGGAGUCAAAACCACACCAGCAUCUGCUAAGGACAAAAGACCUUUCCUGACACUGAUUUCUGGGAGAUACAGUCCGCACAAAGACGCUGACCCUUUAAAGCCUAGGGAACCUGCGAUAAUUGAGCACUUUAUUGCGUACAAGAACCAGGAUCAUGGGGCCUGGCUGAGGGGUGGAGAUGUAUGGCUGGAUGGCUGCCAGUUUGCUGACAAUGGCAUUGGCCUGACCUUGGCAAGCGGUGGAACUUUCCCACAUGACGAUGGUUCAAAGCAAGAAAUAAAGAACAGCCUGUUUGUCGGUGAGAGUAAAAACGUGGGGACAGAGACCAUGGACAACCACAUUUGGGGGCCCGGAGGCCUGGAUCACAGUGGAAGGACUCUCCCCAUAGGCCAGAAUUUUCCAAUUCGAGGGAUUCAGUUCUAUGAUGGGCCAGUCAAUGUCCAAAACUGUACAUUUCGCAAGUUUGCUGCACUGGAUGGUCGCCACACAAGUGCCCUGGCAUUCCGGCUCAACAACGCCUGGCAGAGCUGCCCCAAUAACAAUGUCACAGACGUUCUAUUUGAAGACGUUCCCAUUACCUCAAGAGUGUUCUUUGGUGAACCUGGACCCUGGUUCAAUGACCUGAAUAUGGAUGGUGAUAAAACAUCAGUUUUUCAUGAUGUAGAUGGCUCUGUGUCAGAAUAUCCCGGCUCAUACCUUAUAAAGGAAGAUAACUGGUUGAUCAAACACCCAGACUGUAUUGAUGUGCCAGACUGGAGAGGUGCCAUCUGCAGUGGGCACUAUGCACAGAUAUACAUCCAGGCCUACAAGUCAGCCACCCUGAGAAUGAAAAUAAUCAAAAAUGACUACCACAGUCAUCCACUCUACUUGGAGGGGGCUUUAAGCAAAAGUUCUCCUUACCAGCAGUAUCAACCAGUUAUAACGCUGCAGAAAGGUUAUACCAUCCAUUGGGACAAGACCGCACCUGAGGAACUGGCUAUAUGGCUCAUCAACUUCAACAAGAAUGACUGGAUCCAGCUAGGGUUGUGUUAUCCUAAAGGGACAACAUUUUCCAUUCUCUCAGACAUCCACAAUCGUCUCUUGAAGAAAACAUACAAAACUGGGACCUUCUAUAGGACCUUGCAGAUGGACAAAUUGGAGUACCGAUAUCCUAACAAGGGAUACUAUUACUGGGAUGAGGACACUGGGCUGCUGUUUCUGAAACUCAAAGCCCAGAAUGAGAAGGAGAAAUUUGCCUUCUGCUCAGUCCAAGGCUGCGAGAGAAUAAGGAUCAAAGCUGUGAUCCCAAAGAAGGCCGGAAUCAGUGACUGUGAAGCCGUGGCCUAUCCAAAAUACACAGAAACUCCAGUGGUAGAUGUGCCAAUGCCUAAGAAGCUCUCUAACUCACUACUGAAGAAUAAGGACCAUUUCCUAGAGCUGAAAGUAGAAACCUUCAAGACCAGAUACUUCCACCUCAGGGAUGACUUUGCAUACAUUGAGGUUGAUAGUAAGAAGUUUUUCCUCACUGAUGAUGGUAUCCAAGUAGUUGUGAUUGAUGGGAAGCAUGGAAAAAUUGUUGACCAAAUAAGUUUCAAAAACCCUAUUCUACAGGGAAUCCCAACGCAGAUAGACAAUUAUGUCACCAACAUCAAAAACAAUUCUAUAGUGGUGAUGGCAUCCAAAGGCAGAUUCAUUUCAAAAGGACCUUGGACUAAAGUACUGGAAAAACUUGGAGUUGAGAAGGGUUUUAAGUUAAAAGAUAAAAUGGCUUUUGUCGGAUUCAAAGGCAGCUUUCGACCAGUUUGGGUGAAACUGAUCACCGAGGAGGAUGCAGCUAAAAUCUAUCAAGUUGUGCCAAUCCCUGUGGUGAAGAAAAUGAAAUUAUGAGGACACCAUGCUUUGCCUUCCUGCUGUUAGCACUGCCCCAAUAGAAAAGGACUACUGACUGCUCACAAUAGGCACCAUGCCACAGCUCUCCAGAGAUGUAGCAUUUCUUUGUUGCUGUACAUGAAGAAAGCUUUAUUGCAAGUGGGUAGAUGGCCACAUGUGACAAACAGCAUUCCUUGUGCUGCACAUCUUGUUUGAUCCUGCCCUAUUGAUCUGCUUGCUGAUACCAGAUUUACCUUUAUUUUCUAAGCUAAUAUCUGGGGCAAAACUGUUUUCAAAUAGUGGGUGGAAGGGUGUCAGUGCCUUUUACAUGGCCUGGUCAUGUUCUGCCUCUACAUCUCUUGUGAGCCUCUCGAGUAUGAAUGUUAAAUCUAAUUGCCAUACAAGGCUCGGAAUUUUCCCAUGGGACUGAUUGCAUCCACACUCUGCUGUUUUUGAGAGUGCAAUCAGCUGCUCGCACAAAACCAGGAAUGCAAAUUCAGAGACUGGCUGAAAAUUUGGAUCAGAAAUCAUAAAUUAUAGUCAGUAUCUAAAAGCUGCAAAACAUGGUCAAACAAUGAGAAUUUAUUUGAAACCUUCUGCACUAUUCUGUCAAACUGCUGCAGAAUCCUGAGACUAAAUUGUACAUGCUGAACCACAGGGGAGUUAUCACAUUUCAGCUGAUGGUACAUAGUGGGGAAAGAAAUGGCAUAGGAGUGAUUUAACACAUUGUAAUGCUUUGGGGUUCACUCAGACCAAGAAGGGGUUGUCACCACCUGCCCUGUAACCCUGGGUGCUUCUGUGCUAUGCAGCUGUGGCUCAGAACUCUGACACCAGCAGCCUGCACAGAGCUCAGUGAUCUCACCCUGGCUUCCACCUGCUUGAUUACUCCUUGCAGAGGGACACCAAGAGCCUCUUCUGUCCUGAGCCUACUCAAAACAGUCUCCCCUGCAGUGCUCAGCCCCUCUCUCUGUAGCAUUCACCAAACCUUAUCAAGUUUGUUACUCCUUUGGCAAAACCGUAUGCAGCACCAGCCUGUUAGUGUGGUGGAGGAUUUUACUCGUCAGUUUGAAACGCUGCACUGAGAUGGUGGUGUACUAAAACAAGAUUAAGUUUAUUAACAAGGAAGUGAUAUUGAAGUGAUACCAAGUAGACAGAACUGGGACCGAAAUGGCUACAAACAAAAGGAAAAAUACCCUUCUAAGACUAAAACCUAGCUUAAACUAGAGUCUCUUGUUCAAAGUAGUUUUCUCACCAUGGUUGUUCUUCCAGCAUGGCUGCCCAGUUCUUAGCCCCGAACCAACACAGAGCUCAAAGCACUUCAUUUCUUCAUCUCUUCAGAUGAAGGAUGCCAAAAAGACUUUUUCUCUCUGCUUAUCUCCUCAAAGUUUUAUCUUUGUUUUCAAAGUCAGGAAGCCCGCUUGAGGGCUCAGCUUGCUGUGUCCAUGUUCAGGAGCUGAGACCAUGUUCAUUUUUGCAGUCUCCUCCUCCCGUCAUGAUAGUUAAGUGGCUAUUUCCUCAACUCACUAGUUUGAUGGCUUUGUUUACCUUUUUUGUAAAUGUACUUCCAUUGUCUCUCUUGGCUCAAUUGACAUUGGAGACACAUUUGUGCAGGCUGGGACUAUGUUCCUUUGUCAAAGGUGGGGUGACUUAUGCCCUACCUGCCAAGCAUGUUUUAAGAACAUAUUUCCAGCACACAUUUAUACGUUUUCAUACAUCGUGCAUCCAUGCACCAGCAAUAAUAUUAAUGGCCAACUUGUUACCAGUUUGCCCAUAUCAUCUUACAUGGCACCUUGUAGAUACAGUAAAUUGGGGUACACUGAACUGGUUAGGCCAGUGGAGGCUCACAACUAGAAACCAGGGCACCCCUUGUCUUCUGGCAUUGGGGUGCUCUUAAGGUCACAUGUGCAAACCAAAUAUGGUCAUAAUGAAACCUACUAUUUCUGAUCAAUCCCAUAACCAACAACUGGCAUUCCCAUGGUUAUGCUUUUAAAUAGCUGUUGUCAUGAUUCUGUGUUUUUUCCCAGGCAAGCAGCCACAGACUGGUGGAAAAGACCUGACAGCCAAGGACUACACACUUACUCAGACUUUCCCACACAUUCCUUCAAAUAUAAAUCUUCAGGGCCAGCCCAAUGGACUGGUUGUGCCUACAUGACACGCUACCGAGAGGAUCCACACUUGGGUCUCUCGCUCCUAGGCAGGGAAUGCUGGGGAGUCAUCUUACUCCAUCCCUAAUCAAGGGUGAGGAUUCAAUUGUGCUUCCCAGAAGACACCCCUCCUCCCCAGAUAAUGUAAUCUUGCACAUUUUCUGCCCCCUUUCCUUCAAAACAUAACAUUCUAAGUUUUAAAAAAUGGAUGAUGAGCUAAGCUGAGCAUACACCAGAGCUGCUUGCCAGCACACUUCAUUAAGCUGGGAAAUUUAUCUUAACCUUAUAAAAACACUGUAUAUUGUUCAGAAAUGCACAUGAUGAACUGCUGUGUGUUUCCCAAAGAUGUCAUGCAGGUGUCUCAAGUGGCUUCUGUUAUUCGGGUAACUUUCCGAAAAAAAAGUGGCUUCUUGAAAUAGGCAAAUUGUCCCUAUGCCAGAGCAGCUAUGUUUCCCUCCCCUCCACUACCCCCCGGAAAACCAUUGUUGGUUUCUUUUUAAAUCGGUCGUCGUCUUUUUUUCCGAGUGUCUCUUUUUUUCACUGUAUCUAAAGUGUCAGCUCUGGAUUGGAAUGAAGCAGCCAUGAAUCUGUGUGUCAUUGCUCAUGCUGUCACUGUGCAGCUGUUGAAUUCCACAAGACCUUUCUGGCACUGUUUUCAGACCAGGUUGCUGUGUGAGUCAGUUAUGAGUGAUGUUCAGGCUCUGCUGUAGGUAUGUGCCUCUCCAGCCCUUCCUGGGUUUUAAAACUGGAAUUGCUUUUUUCUAUACUGUUUUUAUAUACUGUUUUCCAUUAGCGGAAUUUCAAGUGUUGCCUUUUUUAAAAGGAUCCAGGGUUAUUUUCCUUUUCCCUGGCUUCUUUACAGUCUAUUAAUGAAGGAUUUCUCAUUCAAGCAAAGGAAUGUCCUCUCUAAACCAUUCGUGCCAUUUGGGCCAAUUCCACUGGAUGCAAUGUGAAAGGGCAUAGCUCUCAAGCAAUAUACAUUUCUCUGCCAAUGUCUUAUGAUGAUUUGGGUCCUUUCCACCCCCCAGAUCACAACUAUUCCUUAAAAAAGAUUAGUCUCACUUACAGUUCAACCUCGAUUAUACAAAUCUCAUUUAUCUGAAACUCCCUGUUAGCCAAAACAGGAUCCUAUCCCUUAGGUCUAGUAAUUACAUUUAAAAAUCCUUGAUUAGUCAGAACCCUGGCUAUCUGAAUGGAUUCAGUGUCCUCCACAACAUUCCCAUAAUCGAGGCUGUCCUGUAGGUACAACUGCAUCUAUUGCUCUGUAUUAGCAGAUCAUACGUACGAUACAAUGAAUGAAAAAUACUAGAAAUGGGCCAAGACCAGAAAAAAAAAUCUGAAGGUUUUAGGAGAGGAACCAGGAUCAAAACACCUCUGGGUUUGGAUUUGGUUUUUCAAAAACAUCCUGUUUUUGCCCUUUGCUAUUCUAGCCGACUAGGUCUUUAUAUUGGAGGAGCUAAGCACCUGUAGACUCAGUACAAUCAAACCCAAUGGAGCAGGAGUUGAGUACUUUGUUUAACUAAUACAAAAAGGCAAGUUGCAUUUGUACUGAAGUGUAGCUUCUAAUUUUCAAAAUUUUUGGAAUUCUCAGGGUGAAAUCAUAAGACUUGGCUCUAGGAAAUAUGCUUGUUUUUUAAAUCACAUCUUAUCCAGGAAAAAAAAAGUCCAUUUUGUUCUGUCAUGCAAGGAUUAGUCACAUGAGCCUAUUCUGGGGGAAGGGGAUGGAUCUUACUCUGUAAAUACUUAGGAUAGGAUCACUGCAACUUGUUAAGCCUAGACAGAGAACAUGGCAUGGCGUAAUAGGCCAGAUUCUCUCCUGAAAUGCAAGCAGCUCCCAUUGACUCAAUGGGAGUUAAGUGCAUGGAACUGAUGGUAGAAUUUGGCCUAAUAUCACCAACCAAUAGUUCUGAUAUAUCAUUUUUUAAAUAUUUGUGGAUUCUAGAAGUUGUACAUGUGUUCCUCUGCAAGUAGUGAGUUGACUGACUCCUUGUAGCUUGUACAUUCUUUAAACUGUCCAUUCACAAACUGCAAAUAUCCUGUCUAUAAGGUUUAAUUGCUGCAAAUAUUUUUACAUUAGCCUACAUAUACAGUUGUCGUCAUUAGAGCAAUUUUGGGGUGGGGGUGCAUCAGUUCAAAUGCUUGUUUUACCUGUUGCCGAAAUAGCUGGUCCUUUUUCGGAAUUAGAUGUAUAGUGUUUUGUACAUUUUCCUAUAGACUUCAAAAUGAAAAAGAUAUAUUUUCUAUUUAUUUAUUACAAAGGCACUAUGAGAACUAAAUUUGCAGAGAUUUGAAGACCUGUUACUGGAUUUUAGCAUUGUCCAAGCUGUUAAGGAGGUUGGAAAUAUGUCUUUUCAGAUAAUCUGCUUUGCACUUGAAAGUUAUGUCCACAGAAUGUGGCAAUGCAUUGACUGUCUAGUUUAUGCUGACAGAAGCUUUUGGAAGAUUCAUUCCAAAAGUUUUUGCUUACAACAGAAUUAAUAUGUAGUAGUUUGGAAUACAAAAAGGUUUAUCAGAAUAAAUAUUCAAUGCCAAAUUA